AUGGGGACUUCUAUCCUUUUGAUGGGCCCGAACGGUGUCUUAGCCCAUGCCAACUCCCCUGGACGGGACCAAGGUGGGGACACACACUUUGAUGACGAUGAAACCUGGACACUGAGCCAGAGGGGUAACCAUCUGAACACACAACAAUAUUUAAGACAUAGUGUAGCCCGAUUAACUGAUUCAACAGACUCACAUGUAAUGUCCUCAGGAGUGAAUCUGCUUUUGAUGGCGGCCCAUGAGUUUGGUCACGCUCUGGGGCUGGACCACUCCAGGGACAGGAGAGCUCUGAUGUUCCCCACCUAUCAGUAUGUAAACACCAAUGGAUACACACUGCCUGAUGAUGACAGACGUGGGGUCCAAGUCCUAUAUGGUAAUCAAACACAUUGACAGCAUUUCUAUAGAAUAAUUCUGUUCACUAUAUGUGUUUUUUAUUACUAUAUUUAUGGAAUCCUAUUUAUAUGUUUGUGCGGCGUGUGUUAUCUUAAAGGUACCCGUACACCUGAUCCCAAACCAGGACCAGAGCCAGAGCCAUAACCCGAGGAGCCAACAGAGAACCCCAAGCCGGAUCCCAAGCCAGACCCCAGACCCAACCCCAAAGACAAGAAGUGCAACCGGGAUCUGGUGUUUGAUGCAGCCUCCUCCAUCAGGGGAGACCUGUACUUCUUCAAAAAUGGGUGAGCUGGAGCCUUGCAAACAUUUCCAUUACAAGACAAUUUGACCAUUGUCUUGUAAGAAAAGGCCUGUGUGAAUGGAGCCUGUGUUUCAAGCUGAUUCACUGUCAUUAUAGGUACUACUGGCGGAAGAGCACAGCUGUCCAAGGAAUUAGACUGACUAAAGUGAGCUCGAGAUGGGCUCAGAUUAACUAUGUCGAUGCUGCCUAUGAAGUCCCAGCUAAAUAUGUGGUGUAUCUGUUUGAAGGUACAGUAAUGACAGGAAUGUCAAAAGCACCAAAAAUGACAGCUAAAUAUGAUUUUUGUACUCCCACUCCCAAACUCUCUCUCGUACAAACAGUAUUUCCUUCGCCUCAUAUUUCCACAGGUGACAAAUACUGGAGAAUAAGAGCUUAUGCAAAGACAAUCCUGUCUGGUUAUCCAAAGUCAAUCUCCAACCUGGGCUUCCCCUCAUCAGUGACUAAGUUAGAUGCAUCUGUGUAUAUGCCAACCAAAGGGAAAACCUUUUUCUUUGUGGGCAACAAAUACUGGAGGUGACUUUAGAACAUGAUUUAAUUAAGAUGCCAAUAAUUGAUAUGUCAUGAAUUUUUCUGUAUGAUAAUAUGAAUCUUUAGAUUUAAUAAUAACAAAUAUAAUAAAAAAUUAUUGAUAAUUAUGUUUCAGCUUUGAUGAGGCAAGACGCUAA